AUGUUUGGUGGGGUCCUGGCAGAUAGCAAAGACUGGACUGUUUACUUACUGCAAGCACCCCUAGAGCCACAGGAAUUAGAUAUCCUGGGAAGUGUAACAGAAACAGCAUGUGAGAAGCAUGUAAAUCUGGUGCACAUCAAGUCACGGAAAUCCAAGAGACGAAAUUCCGAGUUUGAGAUCUUUGUUGACUGUGACAGUAACAGGGAACAACUGAAGGAGAUCUUCCAGCUCCUCAAAUCCCAUGUCAACAUUGUCUCUAUGAACCCAACAGAACAUUUCAAUGUGCAGGAAGAUGACAUGGAGAAUGUUCCCUGGUUUCCAAAGAAGAUCUCAGAUUUGGAUAAGUGUGCAAACCGAGUGCUGAUGUAUGGGUCUGAUUUGGAUGCUGACCAAACAGGUUUCAAAGACAAUGUCUAUCGCAAGAGACGAAAGUAUUUUGCAGACCUGGCUGCGAACUACAAACAUGGUGACCCAAUUCCCAAGAUUGAAUUCACAGAGGAGGAGAUCAAGACCUGGGGGACUGUAUACCGAGAGCUUAACAAGCUUUACCCAACUCAUGCCUGCAGAGAGUACCUUAAAAACUUGCCCUUGCUCACCAAAUACUGUGGGUACAGGGAGGACAAUAUUCCCCAGCUGGAAGAUGUGGACAUUUUUGUUACACAGCGGACAGGUUUCACCAUCCGUCCUGUUGCUGGGUAUCUGUCACCCAGGGACUUCUUGGCGGGAUUAGCAUUCAGAGUUUUUCACUGUACUCAGUAUGUCAGACACAGCUCGGACUCUCUCUACACACCAGAGCUUGAUACUUGCCAUGAGCUCCUAGGCCACGUCCCUCUUUUGGCUGAACCCAGUUUUGCUCAGUUCUCCCAGGAAACUGGUCUUGCAUCACUUGGGGCAUCAGAUGAGGCUGUCCAAAAACUGGCAACAUGCUACUUCUUCGCUGUAGAGUUUGGCUUGUGCAAGCAAGAGGGACAGCUAAGAGUUUAUGGGGCUGGCUUGCUCUCUUCAUUCAGUGAGCUCAAGCACUCGCUCUCUGGCAGUGCCAAAGUCAAGCCUUUUGAUCCAAAGGUCACCUGCAAGCAAGAAUGUCUCAUUACGACUUUCCAGGAGGUUUACUUUGUUUCUGAAAGUUUUGAAGAAGCAAAAGAAGAGAUGAGAGAGUUUGCAAAAACUAUCAAGCACCCAUUUGGCAUGAAGUACAAUCCGUAUACUCAAAGUGUGCAGAUCCUGAAAGACACCAAGAGCAUUGCCAGCGUGGUGAAUGAGCUACGUCAUGAGCUGGACGUUGUCAGCGAUGCCCUCAGCAAGAUGGGCAAACAACUGGAAGUUUAACAUUCCCAUCAUCAGUGUGGUGUGCUCAACAACUCUUUUCUUUUCCCCAUUGAUUUCUUUCUAGGCGUGUAAUGUGCUGUAUGCAGAACUUUCCUUUACAAAUGGAAGAGUGAAUGGCCCAUAAGGAUAAUCACUUUAUCUGUUUCUCUGUUUAAAGUCACUUACAGAAUGUAUUUCCUCCACCUCUAUCCUCCCUGGAUAAAAAAGUCCUGGAAUUCCUUUUCAGAAGCUAGCAGAGGACUAAAGAAAUCACCAGACUGGACCACAGCUGUGGUCUGUGGAUCAGGGCUGGGAGCAGAUGCUUCAGAGGGUGGCUUAUGAGGCAGUCAUAGAAUAAUUUGGUACAGGGAAAUGUCUGUCUGACUCUAGUAGUCUAUGCUGCUAAUUUUACAGUACUGUAGACUUUAUAGCAUGGAAGUUAUAGUAAUCAGUGUUUCUAUGCCUGUGCUAUUAAGUUUAAAACUUGACUGAUAACGAUCCAGGCAUCAGGACACAAAUAGCUGGAAGCUCAUCGUGCUAAAAUGGAGGGGUCAAAUCUCUGUUUUCAAAGAGAUCAUUUUUUCCCCUAAAGAAUUGCAACUGUACUGAUUAGCAUCUUUCUAGUAGAAGGCAGAGAUACAGAGCUGUUGCAUGAAAUCCUAAUUCUGCUUAUUUCAAGAGAUUUGCUGUCAGCUCAGAGUCAGGAUUUUUGUUUCUGUCCCUGGUAUUGCACCUGAGGGAAGACACUAAGGAAAUAUCAUUUGCCUUUUUCCUCACUGAAUAAAUUUAGCCAAGAUUAUAGCAAACCAUCACGUAGUGACUUAUCGCAAUGCCUAAAACCAUUUCCAAAUUACAAUUCAAUAUUCAAAAUGGCUUCACAGGACCAAGUGAAGCCCAGUUCUAAAAUGGCUCUCAUUUUAAACUCUGGUGUUUAAGUUCUUAGUUAUGGCAAAAGUUCAUGGUUUUUUUUAUAAGAAUAAACAUCCCAUUGACAGCUCAGUCACGUCAUUGACUUUGCAAGCUGCACAAAGAUGGAUUUAGUUUCUUCUUUGCUAGGCCUGAACACCUGUAUUCACCAUCAAGCAAAUGAAAAGAUCCAAAUAUUUGAUAGGAAUCAGUGUCCUACAGUAGUUUCAAGCAUCCUGUGUAGCUGUACAGAGCUGCACUGCCUGCUGUUUCUGCCACCCUGUCUAUGAAAUGAAUAUAUAUGUACAGGGAAUGAUACAUUUGAAUGGAAGAUCUGUGGUGUGUAGGGUGUAUUUUGUAUCGUGCUAGGCACUGAUUCUUCAUAUGUAGAUCUUAACAGAAAAGCAACAGUUUGCAACUGUGGAUAUCACUGGGAAAAUUGACUGAAAUUGCAGAUGCACUGGAGAUGUUGGUCCAAGUCUUUUGGGAAUUGGAAAGGACUUUCGAGAACCUCUGUGCUUGAUAAUGACUGUUUCAUAUGUCUUCUGGUAGGCUGCAUCUGCUCCAUAAGCAAUCACUGGCCCUAUCUUUCCAAACACAUUCACUGUUUAUCUAGAC